AUGUCUGCUCGACUUUCGAAUCACGUGGAAGUAAAGGAGGAUAUCAUCCGUGAUGAAGCCGUGCGCUCUCGUAUAUCCGCCAUAGUCAGGGACCCCGAGGUUGCUGAGAAUCUAAAGCCAUGGUACCCUGGGUGGUGCAAGCGCCCCUGCUUUCACGACGAGUACUUGCAAGCCUUCAACAACUCGAACAUUGAGCUCAUCGACACCAACGGUAAGGGAGUUGAGCGAUGCACAAGCGCAGGCUUGGUCGCAGGCGGCAAGGAAUUUGACGUUAACGUACUCAUCCUCGGCACUGGAUUUGAGCCGUGGACAGCAGGUAGCCCGGCUUAUCGUGCCAAUGUGACAAUCAAGGGUCGUGAUGGGCUCGACCUUGACGAGAAGUGGAACCAAGGUAUUGGCACUCUACACGGGGUUUUCACCAGAAACUUUCCCAAUCUCAUUCUCCCUGGCACUUCUCAAGCUGCCGGCACGGUCAAUGUUGUCCACACCAUGGAUGUUGCGGCGCAGCAUGUAGCGUAUAUCCUUGCAGAAGCAUCCAAGAGAUAUGCGUCCGGUGAGAAGAAGAAGGUACUUGUGGAGCCUACUGAGGAGGGCGAGGCAGACUGGGUUCUCAAGAUUGUCCAUGGCGCGUACGCACUUGGAGGUUUAACUAUUUGUACCCCCAGCUACAUGACAAGAGAGGGCGAGCUUACGAAUGUGAAGAGCCCAGAGGAUCAGAUCAAGCUUGCAAAAGGUGGAGUUUGGGCUGCUGGAAUAAACGAUUAUGUUCAGUACUUGGAGAGAUGGUCGGCCGCUGAUGAUUUGGAGGGCGUCGAAGUUCGGGUUGUUGGCUGGUUGGCUGGUAGUCUUGUCUAUUGUGGCAACUAUUUGAUUUUAGAACAGAAUGUAACUCUCAACCCCGACAUCUUGACUCCCACCAUGAGUAAAACCUUUCGAGUCUUCGGUACAUCGGCCAUUGGCCCCCAAUAA